AUGGAGGACCCCACACACAUUGCGCCGCUGCCCCAAAAGCGUCCACACACCGACGACGACGAUGCCGAGCCUACCGUAUCAACUCCGUCAAAACAGAUUCGAUCAGAAGCCUCUACGCCCCUUUCAACCCUCUCGGUUCAAACCCCGUCACCCCUGAAGAGCAGCGCUCCGAGUUCAACCGCCCCAAACAGCAGCAAUGUCUCUGCUCCAACCCCUUCACAACCAGCCAAAAGGCGCAAGUUGACGUCACAAGAGAAAGAAGCCCAGCGUCUAGAAAAGGAAGCGAAGGCCAAGGCGCGAGAAGAGAAGAAGGCGCAGAAGGAGGCCGAGGAGAAGGUCAAGGCAGAACAAAAGGCACAGAGAGAAGAGGAGAAGCGCAAGAAGAACGAGGAACGAGAUGAGAAGAAGCGUCUGAAGGAGGAGGAACAGCAACGGGUAGAGGAGGAGAAGGCAAAGAAGGCACGAUCCCAAAUGAAGCUCAACGCUUUUUUCGUCAAGCCAAAGGCGGGAUCAAGCCCAGGACAGGCCGUGGUAGCUUCAUCCCAGAACCCUACUGCCUCGUCCACAUCUUUACCUAGCACAUCCGGAGUCAAAACUAAUUUGGCCCCUCCAUCCCCACAGAAGAACAUCGUCAAGAACGCUCAGUCAGACUACGAGCGAUACUUUCUACCGUUUAACCUCCCUCCACAUACGAUCCUCGCUCCCAUAAAUCCUCUGCUCGACGAUCCGGAGCGGCUGGAGGCUGCGCGAACACGGCUAGAGAACCUUAUCGCGCACAACGGUACCGGUACCGAGACCAUCACACGAGAGACCCUAGUAUCUUCUUUCCCGCGACGGAUUCGACCAGCGCAUCGGACUGCGACCAUCGCCGAAGUUAUCGAACGUGUGAAUGGCUCAUCGGACCGUCCCAUCGAUUUGACUGUCCACAGAAGCCCGUUGGAGAUGCUCAGAGAGAUCCCAAUGAAGUACAUACACUUCUGCAAGGAUGUACGUCCCCCGUAUUAUGGCACCUAUACCAGGCCUUAUACCGACGCGGAAGCUUCUCGGCUCGCACGAAACCCCAUUGCCAGGGUCCGACAGGACACCGAUUAUGACUACGACUCUGAAGCAGAAUGGGAUGAACCCGAGGAAGGAGAAGACCUUGACUCUGACGGCGAAGACGACAACGAAGAAGAUGCAGAAGACGACUUGGACGGUUUCCUCGAUGAUGAAGAAGACCCACAACUCAAACGGCGACUCAUUAGCGGUGAUUUAGUUCCUGUCAGCACCGGCUUGUGCUGGGAGGAUGCCGAUAGGGUUUCCAGGUUGAACGAUAGUUCAGAUGCUAUAUGCACCGACUUCAAGGGGUUCUCAAUGGGGUUUCUGCUGGAUCCGCAGAUGACUUCAAUCGAUCCGUUUUCUACGGCAUACUGGGAACCGGAUCCUGCGACCAUUGCAAGUACCGCCGCUGCUGCGAAGAAAGACACUAAGAGCGCCAUGAACCCUCCGCGGGUACCUCUGGUCCAACGCUCUAUGAAUGGUCUGCUCAACACAUUGAACGGCCCACAGAAGUCAACAGGAGGAACUCCAACUAAGCCUGCAAAAGCUAAGCGAUUGGUGCCCACCGAGCAACUUGAAGCUUUCAAGGCCGAAAUUGAGGGCAAAGAUCUGACCAAGAUUGGCAUGAUUGAGGCGCUGAAAAAGGUAUUCCCAAAGCUGCCUAAGGACGCCAUCAGCAACACCUUGAGCGUAGUUGCCGCAAGGGUAGGACCUACCGAGAAAGAGAAGCGAUGGGUGCUUGUCAACUCCUGA